GAGUGCAGAGCCAAAAUGGCGGCCGAGUUGGAGUACGAGUCUGUUCUGUGUGUGAAGCCCGACGUUAGCGUCUACCGGAUUCCUCCCCGGGCCUCUAACCGCGGUUACAGGGCAUCUGACUGGAAAUUAGAUCAGCCUGAUUGGACUGGUCGCCUCCGAAUCACUUCAAAAGGGAAGAUCGCGUAUAUCAAACUUGAGGAUAAAGUUUCAGGGGAACUCUUUGCCCAGGCACCAGUAGAACAAUAUCCUGGUAUUGCUGUGGAGACCGUGACAGAUUCCAGCCGCUACUUUGUAAUCCGGAUCCAGGAUGGUACUGGGCGUAGUGCUUUCAUUGGCAUUGGCUUCACAGAUCGGGGUGAUGCCUUUGACUUUAACGUUUCCUUGCAAGAUCACUUCAAGUGGGUAAAGCAGGAAUCUGAGAUUUCCAAAGAAUCUCAGGAAAUGGACAAUCGUCCCAAGUUGGAUCUGGGCUUCAAGGAAGGACAGACUAUCAAGUUGAGUAUUGGGAACAUUACAACCAAGAAGGGAGGUGUUUCUAAGCCCAAGACCACAGGGGCUGGGGGUUUAAGCUUGCUCCCACCCCCACCUGGAGGCAAAGUCACUAUUCCCCCACCAUCCUCCUCAGUUGCUAUCAGCAAUCAUGUCACUCCACCACCCAUUCCAAAAUCUAACCAUGGAGGUAGUGAUGCAGAUAUCCUCUUAGAUUUGGAUUCUCCUGCUCCUGUCCCUACAUCAGCACCAGCUCCAGUUUCUGCAAGCAAUGACUUGUGGGGAGACUUUAGCACUGCAUCCAGCUCUGUUCCAAACCAGGCACCACAGCCAUCCAACUGGGUCCAGUUCUGAAUAGCAUUGGCAGGACAUUAAGAACAGACUUGAAGAAAAAAAUGACCUUGAGGGCACCAAUCUGUGAGGGAAGUUAGGAACCCCUUCUCUCCCCAGAACCAAAAUUACUGGACAAUCUUUUUCAUAGCUUCUCCAUUGCAUUCAAAUUGGUUUAUGUCACUCCCCUAUGUUGUUACUUGCUGUACAGCCAAGAAAGUAUGUCCUUAUCUCCUGUUCACUAGUAAGGCAGGUCUUAUCAUACUUGUGGCUGACUAUGCAGGGCCCAGAAGGCCAUGUCUCUUUGAGGGGGGAAUGAACUCUACCAUCUGUAAAAUUUUUCUCCAUCAUUUCAAUUUUUUAACUUAAUUCUGAAUCAUCUCAUGACCCUGUGUGCCUCUUUGUGAAGCCCUAUUUAGCAAUUUCAGGGGAGACAGAAACCUUGAAAUUUCCUUUUCCAUUAACCUAAGACCCUAAAAAUGGACUGAGUGGCCUCAGUGUUUACAAAUUCAGAGUUUUGAUUGGGAUAGGUAUGAAGAGUUUCCUCUCUCUGGGGUCCUGGGUCUCUGUUAUAUAUCCUCCUUCAGGCUUAUCCUGCUCAGUGAAUAUCCAGUGCUGGGUGCAGCUCCAUCACCCUGUCAUGUGUUUACAUGUUUCUUCCUAUGCUAAGAGGGUUUUGUCGGUGGCACUUUCACUGUUCUUUUGUUUGUUGAAUGGUGCAACAUCUUUGACUACUGGGUCUCUUGGAUGAAGGAGAUUCAGGGGACCAUGUUUCCCAAGUUAGGUUGUAGAGAAGUGUUUACUUUCUUGCAGCUCCAUCUAGUUGCUGCAUUUGAAGUGUGGCAUUACUUUGUAUUUGCCCUAUUAUUUGACCUGAAGUUGAAGGGUUUAGAGUUUUUAACCUGAUAUGUAGAGCAGAGGGGUUGAAAGCACAUAACUCUCUUUCAGUACCCACGUUGCCUUGCUGCCUGGGUAUCUGGCCCCUUUCCAUAAACAUUUAUUUUUCAGUCCAUCUAGCUCUUCAAUAGUAGAAAGCUGCUGUUCCAUACAUCAUCGUUUAUGAAGGAAGUCGGAGAGUCCAUGAAGCUAGCUGUGAGAGGUUUGCCUGAGUGAUGGCUUUGAUACAUUGUCACCUAGGGCAUCUCAGAAGCAACUUACUCUCCCACCACUUUCCCUUCCCUCUACCCCACCAUUCCUUUUACGAUGCUGUGAAGAGAAUUCCCUUUCUUAGAUGAAUGGGCACUAUCUAUUUUGUUCGUUAAUGGGCAAUUUUGAGAAUGAACUGGGAGGAUAUCUUUUCUUCCUUUAGCACUUCUUUGGAUGUGUACACUCGGACUGAAGGGAGUCUUAUAUUUAGUUUCAAAAUGCAUUCUCUCUUCUGGAUUUCUUUCUUAACUUUUUAACUUUGGGUCCAUUUUUUUUUCAUUGCCUCCUGUUCCAGGCAGCUCUAUUCUUACAGAGCCAUGGCAGGACAUUUUAAAAUUCGAAUAGAAAACACUAAAUGGAAAGUUCUAUAGAAUCACUAGUGACUAACUACUGGGAACCUAUUUUCUCAAUCUUCCUCCAUGUUGUGUUCUUUGUAUUCUCAAGAUGAUAAUAUAUUAUGUAUUUGAAUUGCUGAAAUUAAAAAUGAAAUUUAAAAUAUAUGUAUAUAAAGCGUAUGCUGUAUUGGUGCAAUAAUGGUAAUUAAAAAUGUGGAAAAAGG